CCGCCUCCCUCACACGAAUUCCCCUCAUCUCACUAGACGAGCACAAGAAACGACGACUAAGAUGACAAUUCUCUCCUUACUGUCGUCCUUCGUCAACACGGCGUACAACGAGGCGCAGGAGGCGCCUGAACCGGCCGCUGCCGAGGAGCACAAGGAGGAGGAAACCGCUGAGGCAGGUGGUGAAGUAGAGGAGGCCGCUGAGGAAGAAGAGGCCGAAGAGGAAGAGCCGGAGGAUCCUAUGCCUGCUAUCCGUGAGGAGUGCGCAAAUACUAAGCACUGUCUGCCGGCCAAACGCGAGUUUGAGCACUGCGAGAAGAAGGUCAACGAGGGCUCCGCCAGGCCGCACGAGGACUGCGUUGAGGAAUUUACGUUCCCUUUUUGUACUUGUCCGAUUCAAACUAAUAUCGAAUACAGCCUGAUGCACUGCGUCGACAAUUGCUCCGCCCCGAAGCUUUUUUCUAAGCUGCGGUGA